AUGCGGGGACGCACACGGAGAGAGGGCAUCCGCCGCCAGGUCCAGGCCGCGCAGACGACGGAGGGCCCGGCGGUUUCCGUGAGGCGUGAUGUCAUCGUGCUAAUACGGGCCGACAGUGAAAACUGCAUGAAAUGUUCUGAUGAAGAAUGGCCAAAUGAGAAGAAGGAUCGCUGUGUUCCAAAACUGGUGGAGUUUCUCUCUUACAGAGAUGAUACAAUUGUUGUAUUCAUUUCAGCUGUCUCCAUCCUCUGUUGUCUUCUGACUGGUGUAAUAUUGGCGAUGUUUAUACAUUACCAGGACACACCCAUUGUUAAAGCUAAUAACCGGAACCUGAGCUAUCUUCUCCUGGUCUCCAUCAUGCUGAGCUUCCUCUGUGUCUUCUUGUUCAUCGGCCAUCCAGUAGAUGUAACCUGCAUGCUACGUGUAACCUCUUUUGGUGUCAUCUUCUCAGUUGCUGUCUCUUCUCUACUUGCCAAAAGUAUCAUGGUGUGUAUUGCUUUUAAAGCCACCAAACCUGGGAGUUCCUGGAGGAAAUGGAUGGGAAUCACAUUGCCGAUUUCUAUCAUGUCAGCGUUGUCAAUGGUGCAAGUUAUAAUUUGUGUAACUUGGUUGUCUAUAUCUCCUCCCUUCCAGGAUCGAGACACUCACUCUUAUCUUGGAAAGAUCAUCAUUCAGUGUAAUGAGGGUUCAGUUAUCGGCUUCUACUCUGUCUUGGGAUAUAUGGGACUUUUGUCAGCUGUGAGUUUCAUUAUAGCUUUUUUAGCCAGGACAUUACCGGACAGUUUUAAUGAGGCCAAGUACAUC